AUGGGAGGCUGGGUCAAUGAGCCAGGUCUUAGCAAGUCCUUAAAACAGCAUGCUAUGCAAAAAAUGUUAGCACUAUCCUCCGACGGUGCAGCUGUCAUGAGCGGUCAUGUUCACGGAGUGUUUGCCAAACUAAAAGACAUGAUUGCUGAGGAGACCGAAGCUGAUCUUUAUCCUAGAAACAAUCUGCUAAUCUCAGUUUGUAUGACCUAUCGCGACUUCACAGCGCGAGUUCCCAUGGGCUAUGUUAAUGACGAAAUAGAACGCAUCGAUACGGACUUUCUCGACAAUUACCCUAACCAAGAUGACAGACGCCUUUUAGCAUACAAGCCUCGAGCGUUCGCAGAAUUUACACUCGACCGCUACUCACAAUCAGAAGGCGAUCAUGAAGAGAGGGAACGACUUCUGGACUGGCAUUUAUUUAGAAACUUGGCUCGCACCACAUCCUACGAAGAAAGCCCACCAGACCUAGACAAUCCCGAAGUCACCUUUAGCCUUGAAGAUGCUCCAGAAAGUAGUGAAGUUGACUUAAGGCACCAUAGUUUAGCAAAACGAUAUGAAGAUUUCGACUGGAACAAUGCUGUAUAUCCUUGCAUUAUAUGUUUCUACAACGAAAUGAAGCAGGCAUUAGAUGCCCAGUUCGUAAAUAAGCCUCAUGAAUUCAAUAAUAUUGAUCUACUAGCACUGGAUAACAUUAUACACGACAUAAUUGAAUUUAACGGAGAUUUUGAAAACGGCUUUGUUGACUAUGUACAAACGCAAACUUCUUCAACAGAGGAUGCCCGAGCUAUUCUAUUAUGGGAGCUGACACACUUGAUCCAAAUCUUCGUCAACAGCAAAUUUUGGAUUCCACUGAAGUACUUAUUUGUCGUUUAUCGAACGCUGCUACAGUACAAUAAGGAGCUGCAUGUCCCGGAUGAAGUCCAGCAGGCCAUAAAAUGUGUUCUGAUCCUCCCAGCAAGCAACGCCGAUCCCCAGCGCAGUUUCUCUGCUGCUAACAGGCUCACUAGAGAGGAAAGGAGUACCAUAAAGAGGGAGUCUCUAGACAACAUCAUGACAGUGCAGCGUAAUGGGCCUAGCAUCCUAACAGUCGAACUUCAGCAGUUAGCACUCCAAUGGAUGCAUCCUGCACCGGGACUUGGGUUGGAUCCGGGUAUGCCAUCGAAUCUAGCUAGAGAAGGCAGCCUCAUGAAAGCAGUAAAAGAAAACCUUGCAAAAGGAGUUGCAUAUGAGUUGGCCAAACUCCAUGUAAGGCGGCACAUGAUGGUUCACCGCCCAAAUGCCCGAAAGGACACAGAGGAAAUCAAGAAGCGGCUGUUGUAA